GGUAAUCCCUAAUACAAGUGGGUUUCUAGAAAGAAAACAAUCUGAUGUAACUACAGGUAAGAGAUCAAAGAAAAGGCCCGAGAUGCCGCGCCGUGCGGCUCUCGGUGCCAUUUUCGGUGCUGUUUGCGCUCAUGCCUAUUCUUCGGGUUCAUUAUGUGGAGGUACUGAAGUCGAUGUUUCUCACGCGAUUGUCGAAUGGGAGGCUGCGGCUACGGGGUCGAAUCUUGUGUCGCUUCCGGGAUUGUCCGGACACGGUUCCAGCUCCAAUGCGACAGGGUCUUCGAACUUGGCGUCCGCAGACCUGGUGUACAGCUCGCCGUUACAUGAUGAAUCUGCAUCAUCGUUUAGUGUAGCAAAAGCCUUGCGUGAUUCUACGACAUCGGACGCUGGUGCUACUCGAAAGAAGUCUCCGCGGUUCGUUGUGGACCGGAUUUUGUUUGGGGAUCGUGAGUGCGCCACCUACGAUCCGAAGCGGAGAGCGGUGUGUCGCGAGACGCCACCGAUUCAGAAUCUAAAGCUUGUUGAUUUCGGGUCAAAAAUCAAAGAAAAGGAGAAGGAAGGCGACCAGAUUGCGGUGCCAAUUAAGAUUUUCGGACAUUACACUGCGAGGACAGAGUCACCGAUGAGUGCGGUAGCGGCUGACGAGAAAGAAAAGUUUCCCGGGAGUCAAGAAGAAGAUAAAGAAAAAGCUACAAAAUCACGGUCAUCUACAGCUUCGUCCCGUGGAACGGCUACAGGCACAAUCCUCCACCGGUCCGUGUCCAAGUCGAUUACCCUAAAUGCUGGCGCCUUCGUAUAUCGUCGACAGGAAACGCCCAUUGUGCACGACUACGCACCGAAGCGCGUGGUUGGCGAUGAUUUGUUGCAACUACAUGGCGAAUCCCUACAGAGAUCUGGCGUGUUCGUGACCGAGAACGCGGUAGGAGCCACUGCUUCUAGUUGGCAGGGAGUUUGUGUGGAAGUGCACCAGACCGACGCGAGCGGCUUUUUGCAGCGUAGGACAGCCGGAAACUUGGAAUGCCAUCUGCCAGCUGCUACGGCGAUGCACGCAAUCCUACGUGUUCGCGAUCCUGUUCUAGGCUACGCUUGCUCGGUGCCGACUCAAAAACGGAACCGCACAGUGACUUCGGACGGCGCAGAGGCAAUUUGAAUUUUGUCGUCUGAUGAAUAGCUCUUGAUUAUCCCCGCCCAGGAAAACGAGGCAUGACAAGUAUAGUUGACUUUUGCAUGUUGAUGUUUCAUGUACCAUUGCCUCGCCUGUCCAAAAAAAUUGGCCAUCGUCCCCAUUACUCUGAAAAUUCAGAUGCCACUGUUAUAUGAUUUGCGGCUUGGAGCUUUGCGAAAGCAGGAAGAGAUCGUUUUAGGAUCGGGCAUUCUCGAGAGGCAGACUCUAAAACCCGCGAACUUGUUCAGCACUACUGCAAAAAAAAGUUGCAAGAAAAGCUUUUCGAAGCGGUCGAAUAUAAAGCGUCACCAUGUUGCGAAGCAUAUGCUUCAGCGUGCACGGAAGGCGGAUCUUGUAGUUGGGGGAGGACACGGCCUGCGCAAGAAGUCUGAUUCAUCUAAGGAUUUUAGUAGGGCGAGCCUGGGAGUCAGAUCAAAAUUUGUUGAAGACCUGGGCGAUCAGUGUAUCGGCAGCUUUGGUGGUGGAACUUAUUUGCGUGUCAUUGGGCAAGGGUUCGCACCUGACGAUGUGAUUGAGGUCUGUGGACAAAUUUGCAAAACCGCUGAGUCAUUAGUCUCCUCGUCCAAUCAGGCGUUUUCGUCGGCUGGCGAAAUUCCAGCGAAAAAGCUAUCGGUUAGCCCAUUUCGUACAACGAAUGGUGGAUCCGGCAGUGCCGAAAGAUCCGGAUCCGCUUCCUCCAGUACCGCGCGCGCAAGUCCUUCAGAUGGUGCUUCCGUAUCCGGUUCUGAGUUACUCGUCGGGAGCAGCAGCCCUCCAGUAGCUGCUUUUUCCACUGGUUCAGACUCGGGAUCGGUUUCUGGCCCGACCGGUAGUGGCGCCUUCAGUGCUUCAUCUUUCUCGGGUAGUGGUGCGAUGAUGCGCAGCGACAUCGGGUCAGGGAGUGUAAAUGCAGGAAGUCAGCAUGACGAUGGAGCUUUCGCGAGACCACCGCGGCUCUUUCCUGAAAACGUGAUUGACCUAGAAGCCAUUCGGAGUGAAAGCCGGGAGAUGCAUGCAGGCGUGAAUUCGUUCCAGUCGCGAUUCUGCGAAACGCCCAAAUUCGUUCCUUCAGAAAUCGCGGCGUCACCCGCACACAGCAUGUCCACGGGCUCUUCGACUCCCUCUAGAUUUUCAGGAAGCUUUUCGGCGGGCUCAGGUUUCUUUUUGGGCUCAAAGAUUGGGAUCAGUGGUUCGGAGGAGAAGCACUACCUUUUAGUCGGGAGCACUAAACCACCAGGUUCAGAUCAGCUUCUUCUAGGAAGCAAAAGCCGCAGGCCACAUGGCAGCUUUAGUGCUGGUUUCUUCAGUGGCAGUGGCAGUGGAAGUUCGUUCAGUGGCAGCUUCUCAGAUAGUGCGCCAGCGGACAGUGAGGAGUUAGGCCCAGCGAGUCCUCCUGUUCCUGAGCAGCCGUUUCCACAUUCCCAGAAGUGCGAUGUCCGAAUUAUAAGUCGCGCUACUGGUGCAGAGACCGUGCUGAAAGACGCAUUUGAGUAUCAGGCGUCUCUGACUCCGGUUGUAUCUUCAGUGCGUCGCAGAAGCGCGGAUGUAUUGCUUAAGACGGGAUUUUUCUCUGAGAUAUGAUCAAUUGAAUACGUAGUGGUUACAACUUGCAAUUGCAGCUACAUUUUGCUGCUUGUGUGAAAUAUGCCAGCCAUUACUGCGAGGUAGAAGCGCGGCAUCUUCAGCCGAGGGUCUUGCAGCAGAGUUGAUAGUUAUAGUUGCAUAGUACUAAUGAUGGAAAGCUAGAUCUUAUUCUAACUUUCUUCUUCAAGGCGACGAUUCUCUGUCCGGCUUUCGAACUCGUGUCUUCUGGAAUGACUUCGAGUGCCAGAAUGUGGGACUACUCAGGCCAGAACGACAUUUGGAGGACCCCGAUGACGAUGUUCAUGGCGGAGAUGAUGCAGCAGAAGAUGGAGACGACCAGCAACUCCCUAUCGCAGCUGAGUGGCCAUUUAGAAAGAACGUUAUGGACCCGUCGACAGGACCAUCAUUUCUGCAGGUUUUUGUGCACCGACGGAAUCGGAAAUAUGCACUAAAAAAGCACAAGAAUGUACCUGAUCGUCAGAAAACGAUGAGGGGAGCGGCAGAGAGAAGCAUUGCGAGAAGCAGAGCAAGUGUAACCAAAAAACGUCUGCAAGCCUUGAAGAAGAAAGCAGCAGUUUUUGAGACGUUACCACAGACAAUGACAAAGUCAAGUCAGCGGCUUUUGCUUGCUUUGCAAGAUUUCAUAUCCGACGAGGUAGCACGUGAAAACCGACCGUCACAGGUACUAGACACGGCAGAGCACAAGAAAAGGAAUGAUCCUCGCAGUAUUCAUCAUGCGAGAAAUACAAUCGGUAAGUUUCGAAAUGAAAACGGAGUGCAGCGAAGACGGCGAGGACAGCCAACCAAAGUGCACCACAAGGCAACGCUUUCGGGCCGAUUUCCUCUGAAGCAUGGGAACAAUCCUCCUCGCACCAGAGAAUAUGAGAGACGUGGUGAUUACGACGGCUUCGUCGUGCGUCGGGUUAAUAGCGAUGUAAACGUUGCGCGCCCACCAACUACUACCAAGCGCACAAUUGUAGCGCACUGUCCAGGGCUAUUCGCUUCGGCUGGCAGAGUGUCCGUUUACGAACCCGGUCUCGGUUUUGCUUUCGAGGGUGACCCGUCGAGCACUGUGAACAUGUUGGAUUUUGGACCCUAUUUCGCUCCUGAAGCUGCUCGCAAGCGACCAGCCUUCUUGCCGGAUACAAUCACCGCAAAUCGGGACACUUUCCAACCGCUGAAGUCAGCGGCGGGAGAGACUUGCGAGGUCCGUGAUGACUGUCCGCCAGGCUGGCAGUGCUGCCCCAGCUUCGGCGAACGUGGGCGCAAUCACUGCGUGCCCACGUGCUUGGAGCCUGAAGAGAGUUUUGGGGUAGAAGAUUAGCGUACCAAGCAAAAGAGGAUCUCUAGCUGAAAGCUACUUCUAGCAACGGCAUAAAAAGAAACUCGCCAAUUUCAACGGUCAGUUGGGUACGAAUACCUUCUUGUUUUUUCCAUCGAAAAAUACUGGACGUACGAGUAGUACGUACGUUUUCUGAACCAUGUAAGUAUCAUUUUCGGAAGUUC